AGUCUUUAUGUAUGACUCAAAGUGUCGGCAUUUCAUUGAAAACAUCGACAAAACGUUUGAAACAAAUAAUACAAACAUUUUGUUUGAUUUUGCGGUCAAUUAAAGACAAUAAUAAUAAUUUGGAUAUCAAUUGAAAUCAUUGAAAAAGAUUUGAUACCUUUUUUAAGGUGACUAUUGGUGUCCAACAAUGGCUGACGCGGCCGCUCGUAAUCUUCAAUAUGAAUAUAAAGCGAACUCCAAUCUUGUACUACAAGCCGACACCCGACUCAUUGAACGACGUCCGAGAGAUGAGGCCACCGGUGAAGUGCUGUCUUUGACCGGCAAAUUGUUGCACUCAAGAAUGGGAGACAGAUAUCAGCGAACGAAACCACAGACUGAUAAGGAAGAGAAAAAAGCAAAGAAAUUGAAGAAAAUCAGACAAAACGAGUCAUCGAAAUAUGAUUUGUCGAAAAUGAAAGGACAAUCAAUUCUAUCGGAAGAGAUUGAGAAUAUGGUCGGAAUUCUUUAUCGUCCGAAAACACCCGAAACUCGACAAACAUAUGAAGUGAUUUUGUCAUUUAUAUCCGAAUUGCUCGGCGAUCAGCCCCGAGAGGUCAUAUGCGGUGCGGCCGAUGAGAUACUAAUCACAAUGAAGAGCGACAAAAUGAAAGAAAAAGAAAAGAAGAAAGAAAUUGAAGCGAUGUUAGGCCGACUCACAGAUGAACGUUAUGCUGUGUUGUCUAAUCUGAGCCGAAAGAUCGUUGACUUUGGUCUCGAUGAACGCACGGUUCAGAUUCAAAAUGAAGAAAAUUUGGAUGAAACUUAUGGCGUAAACGUUCAGUUUGAAGAAUCAGAUGAAGAAAGUGAAGAUGACUUUGUUGAUGAAGUCAAAGAAGAAGACGAUGAAGAAGAUGCCGAUGGAGUUGAUGCUGGUAUUGAUUCAGCCAUUAAUGCGCGUAACUUAGAGACAACUAAAGUGGAGACUAAACGCGAUCGUAAAUCUAAGUCAAGCACUACUAUAGUUCAUCCACGAGAAGUGGAUGCUUUCUGGCUUCAGAGGAAUUUAAGCAAAGCAUAUACUGAUCCAGUAGUCGCACAGUCCAAAGCUGCCGAAGUGCUAAACAUAUUGAAAGUGUCGAGAGAUGAUCACGAAAUUGAAAACAAAUUGGUUGACCUCUUGGGCUUUGAUCAGUUCGACUUCAUUAAAGUGUUGCGUCAAAACAGAUCAGUAAUUCUUUACAGUACUCUAUUGGCUUCGGCACAAAAACAAUCAGAGAAGGAUAAGCUGAAAGAUAAAAUGAGAUCCGAUCCGGAUUUGGCUAAAAUAUUGAGAGCACUCGAAAGUACUGAUUCUGACAAAAAACGAAAAGAUUUAGGAAAAUCACAACAAUAUGUAGAUAUGGAUGAAGACAUGGAUGAAGAUACAAAUGCACAGUCUAUUAAAAACAAGAUAUUAGAUUUGGAGGACAUGUCAUUCACUCAGGGAUCACACUUUAUGGCCAACAAGAAGUGCUCUUUACCUGAGGGAACGUUCCGUAAGCAACGUAAAGGUUGUGAAGUAAUUCAUGUGCCGGCACUCAAACCAAAACCAUUUGAUCCAAAUGAGAAUUUGGUGCCAAUUGACAAACUCCCGAAAUACUCUCAGCCGGCGUUUGAAGGCUUUAAGACAUUGAACAGAAUCCAGAGUCGUCUCUACAAAUCUGCCAUUGAAAGUGAUGAAAAUUUACUUCUAUGCGCUCCUACCGGUGCUGGAAAAACUAAUGUAGCACUUCUCACAAUGAUGAGGGAAAUUGGUAAACAUAUCGAUCAAAACACUGGUCUUAUAAAUGCCGAUGAAUUCAAAAUCAUUUAUAUUGCGCCCAUGAGAUCACUCGUACAAGAAAUGGUCGGCAAUUUUUCCAGAAGACUACAGUCUUAUAAUAUAAAAGUAUCCGAACUGACUGGUGAUCAUCAACUGACAAGAGAACAGAUUAAUGAAACACAAGUAAUAGUUUGUACGCCAGAGAAAUGGGAUGUAAUAACACGGAAAGGAGGCGAACGCACGUACACUCAGAUCGUAAAACUGAUUAUUUUUGAUGAAAUUCAUUUACUUCAUGAUGAAAGAGGACCAGUGCUUGAAUGUCUUGUGGCACGAAUGAUACGAAGUAUUGAGACAACUCAGGAGGAGAUCCGUUUGGUUGGUUUGUCUGCUACUCUUCCCAACUAUGAUGACGUUGCGACCUUUCUUCGCGUUGAACAGAAGGGACUAUUUUAUUUCGAUAACAGCUAUCGUCCCGUUUCUCUCGAACAACAAUACAUUGGAAUAACUGAGAAGAAAGCAUUGAAAAGGUAUCAAUUGAUGAAUGAAAUACUAUAUGAGAAGGUGUUGGAACAGGCGGGCAAAAACCAACUGUUGAUAUUUGUUCACUCACGCAAAGAGACCGGAAAGACAGCCCGAGCUGUAAGGGAUAUGUGUCUUGAAAAGGAUACGUUAGGAAUGUUUCUUAGAGAAGGCGCCGCUUCUACUGAAGUGUUGCGUACAGAAGCAGAACAGGUCAAGAAUUUUGAACUUAAGGAUCUGUUGCCCUAUGGGUUUGCCAUACAUCACGCAGGAAUGACUCGUGUCGACAGAACAUUAGUUGAGGAUCUCUUUGCCGAUCGACACAUUCAAGUAUUGGUUUCGACAGCAACACUGGCCUGGGGUGUCAAUCUACCCGCUCAUACUGUUAUUAUUAAAGGAACUCAAGUCUAUAAUCCAGAAAAGGGUCGUUGGACUGAAUUGGGAGCUCUUGAUGUGCUUCAAAUGUUAGGUCGUGCCGGUCGACCACAAUAUGAUACCAAAGGAGAGGGUAUACUUAUAACACAACACUCGGAACUUCAAUAUUAUUUGUCACUAUUGAACCAACAAUUGCCGAUUGAGUCACAAUUAGUUGGAAAAUUGCCGGAUAUGCUGAAUGCGGAGAUAGUAUUGGGAAAUAUACAGAACGUUAAGGAAGCGACCACUUGGCUCGGCUAUACUUACCUUUACGUUCGUAUGCUAAGAAACCCCACUCUUUACACGAUAUCACACGACGCUAUGAAAGAGGAUCCACUUCUUGACCAACAUCGGGCUAAUCUGAUUUAUACUGCGGCCUCUAUUCUAGACAAAUCCAAUUUAGUAAAGUUUGAACGCAAAUCCGGACAAUUACAGGUCACUGAAUUGGGACGUAUUGCCAGUCAUUACUAUUGUACACACGAAACAAUGUCAACAUAUAAUCAAUUGCUUAAACCAACUCUUUCUGAAAUUGAAUUGUUUAGAGUUUUUUCUCUUUCGAGUGAGUUUAAGAAUAUAGCCAUUAGAGAGGAGGAAAAACUAGAACUCCAGAAACUUAUGGAAAGAGUUCCCAUUCCUAUAAAGGAGUCCAUCGAAGAGCCGUCUGCUAAAGUCAAUGUUCUUCUUCAGGCAUAUAUUUCGCAAUUAAAAUUAGAAGGAUUGGCACUUAUGGCAGAUAUGGUUUAUGUGACACAAUCAGCGGCAAGACUUAUGCGUGCCAUUCAUGAAAUUGUUUUACACAGUGGUUGGGCACAGUUGGCCGAUAAAACACUUUCUUUGUGCAAAAUGAUCGACAAAAGGAUGUGGCAAUCGAUGUCACCUCUGAGACAAUUUAAAAGAAUACCCGAAGAAGUUGUUAAAAAGAUUGAGAAAAAAUGUUUUCCGUGGGAACGUCUUUAUGAUUUGGGUCCAAAUGAAUUGGGAGAAUUGCUACGUAUGCCUAAACUGGGCAAAACUGUUCACAAAUAUAUUCAUCAGUUCCCUAAACUGGAACUCUCGGCACAUAUACAACCUAUUACUCGAUCAACACUUAAGGUUGAGCUAACAAUUAUUCCCGAUUUUCAAUGGGAUGAGAAAGUUCACGGAAAUUCAGAGGCAUUUUGGAUAUUAAUUGAAGACGUGGACGGAGAGAUCAUUCUUCAUCACGAAUACUUCUUAUUAAAACAAAAGUAUUGUCAGGACGAACAUAUAAUCAAGUUCUUCGUCCCAAUCUUUGAUCCACUUCCGCCACAAUAUUUUAUCCGUAUUGUCUCAGACCGAUGGAUUGGUGCCGAAACAAUAUUUCCCGUUUCAUUUCGACACUUGAUAUUACCCGAAAAAUAUCCGCCGCCCACAGAACUUCUUGAUUUACAGCCAUUACCUGUAUCUGCACUAAGAAAUCCAAGUUAUGAAUCACUUUAUAAAGAGAAGUUUCCGUACUUUAAUCCAAUUCAGACACAAGUAUUCAACUCUCUUUACAAUACUGAUGACAAUGUCUUUGUCGGCGCACCAAACGGUUCCGGCAAAACAGUUUGCGCUGAGUUUGCUAUACUUAGACUAUUGACUAUUCAACAAAACGACUCUAAAUGUGUUUACGUGACGCCCAAAGAACAAUUGGCAGCCAUUGUCUACGCCGACUGGACUCAUAAGUUUGGUUUGUUAUUAAACAAAAAAGUAGUUUUGCUUACCGGAGAAAUGGCCACCGAUUUGAAACUGUUAGCCAAAGGAAAUAUAAUAAUAUCAACGCCAGAAAAAUGGGAUGUCAUAUCACGUCGAUGGAAACAACGUAAAAAUGUACAAAAUAUUAAUCUAUAUAUUGUUGACGACUUACAGUUGAUCGGUGGUGAAGAUGGACCUAUUCUUGAGGUAGUUUCGUCAAGAAUGCGCUAUAUUUCAUCACAAAUCGAUAAAUCCAUUCGAAUAAUAGCUUUAUCGUCAUCACUGGCCAAUGCCAAAGACAUUGCUCAAUGGUUGGGCUGUAACCAAGGCUUGACAUUUAAUUUUCAUCCAAAUGUCAGACCUUUGCCUUUGGAGUUACACAUUCGUGGUUUCAAUCAGACCCAUAACUCCACUCGAUUGCAAGCCAUGUCUAAACCUGUCUAUCAGUCUAUUCUUCAUCAUUCGCCCACAAAUCCAGUGAUGGUUUUUGUCUCAAAUCGAAGACAAACCAGAAUAACAGCAAUUGAUAUCUUGACGUAUGCCGCCGCUGAUGCACAACCUAAUCGAUUCCUUCAUUGCACUGAACAAGAUUUAGAGCCUUUCCUCAACAGAAUAUCUGAUGUCACACUUAAAGAGACUCUUUCGAAUGGUGUCGCAUAUCUUCAUGAAGGACUUAAUCAAAUAGACCGACGUAUUGUAGAACAACUGUUUGAUUCCGGAGCCAUUCAAGUGAUUGUUGUUUCACUAUCACUUUGUUGGUCACUCUCCAUAAAUACUUAUUUGGUUAUAAUUAUGGACACCCAGUACUAUAACGGCAAGAUUCAUGCGUAUGAAGACUACCCAAUUACUGAUGUCAUUCAAAUGGUUGGUCGCGCCAAUCGACCACUUCUUGAUGAAGACGGAAAAUGUGUUCUUUUCUGUCAAUCUUCUAAAAAAGAUUUCUUUAAAAAAUUCUUAUACGAGCCGUUGCCAGUUGAAAGUCAUUUGGAUCAAUGUAUUCACGACCACUUCAAUGCAGAAGUGGUAACCAAAACGAUUGAGAACAAACAGGACGCCGUUGAUUAUCUCACGUGGACUUUCUUAUAUCGUCGAAUGACUCAAAACCCCAAUUACUAUAACCUGUCCGGUAUUGCUCACCGACAUCUGUCUGACCACUUGUCAGAGUUGGUUGAGACUACUCUUCAUGAUUUGGAAACAUCUAAAUGUAUUACAAUUGAAAACGAUAUGGACAUCACACCACUCAAUCUGGGAAUGAUUGCCGCCUAUUAUUAUAUUAAUUAUUCAACAAUAGAGUUGUUUAGUAUGUCUUUGAAUUCAAAGACUAAGAUUAGAGGUUUGAUUGAAAUCAUAAGUAAUGCCGCAGAAUAUGAAUCAAUUCCUAUCAGACAUAAAGAAGAUGUAAUUUUGAAACAAUUGUUGACCAAAGUUCCGCACAGAAUGGCUAACAUUAAGUAUUCAGAUCCGCAUUUGAAGACUAAUCUUCUACUUCAGGCACAUCUCUCGCGAAUGUCUUUGUCAGCAGAACUUCAGUCAGACACUGAAGAAAUUCUGUCGAAAUCAAUUCGUCUCAUUCAGGCCUGUGUUGAUGUCUUAAGUUCUAACGGUUGGUUGGGACCAGCUAUGGCUGCCAUGGAAUUGGCUCAGAUGGUGACACAAGCGCUCUGGAAUAAAGACUCGUAUUUGAAACAAUUACCUCAUUUUAACAAUGAUUUAAUUAAAAGAUGUAAUGAGAAAGGUAUCGAAUCAGUGUUUGAUAUCAUGGACUUGGAUGACGAAGAAAGAGAUCGAGUGUUAAGAUUUGAUUCGAUUAAAAUGGCAGACGUGGCCAAGUUCUGCAACAGUUAUCCAAAUAUUGAACUUUCUUAUGAUGUCAUCGAUAAAGACAGUAUAGACAGCGGCUCAUCCGUCAAUAUUGUUGUCCAAUUGGAACGUGAAGACGAAACUGUGGGUCCAGUGAUGGCGCCAUUCUUUCCGCAUAAACGAGAGGAAGGCUGGUGGCUAGUGGUCGGUGAUUCUCAAGCAAAUUCACUCAUCUCUAUUAAACGAUUAAGUCUUCAGCAAAAGUCAAAAGUUAAGUUGGACUUCACUGCUCCGGCACCGGGAGAUUAUACAUACACUUUGUAUUUUAUGUCAGACGCCUAUAUGGGCUGUGAUCAGGAAUAUAAGUUCACAAUUCGUGUCGUAAGUGCUUCGACAUCAAGAAAACGAAAAGCAGAUCCAGACAGUGAAUAAUCAGUUGUAAUACUAUUCAUCACAUUUUUAAUCCAAUAUUUUAUUAUUUUGUAAUCAUUGAAUUAAAGUAUACUUCAAUUAAUUUAAUCUAAAAAAUAAAUAUCGAUAU